AUGAGCUUUCCACACGAAAUCCGAUUGGUGCUCUUCAUGUUCUAUAUGAUGGAGGCGGUGGCCCACAUGGUUCUGAUGCGAUUCAACGUGACCGGAUUCUAUGUGGUUUACAAGAACCCUCUACCGCUGCUCCUUGAGUUGCCUUACUUCUGCUAUCUGGGGUGCGUCUAUAUCUUUGGAGUGCUAAAUCUGCUUGCUGGCGUGAAUAUAUGCACAAGUGAACAUCCUUCCAUCCUGGGAGAAGUCCUGCGCUCGCUAAUUAGCUGCUUUGUCUAUGUGAUUUGCUCAAUGCUGAUGCUAUUUGACGCUGAAUCGGAUCUCAACGAUAUCAUAGCCACUAAAAAGCCAAACGAUUUGAUACCGCUGGAGGAAGUCCUGCACCCAUAUUUCAAGUACAACCAUCUAGAGUCCCAGGGAAUGGCGUCUAUGGAGGAUACCGAAUAUAAUCUGGGGAGCAUGGUGCCGUAUUGGAUACAAAACGAUCAGUCGGUCUAG